AUGACCUUCGUUCUAUCAGCUCACAAUGCCGGCUGGGCCCCUGACACCAUCUGGAUCGGCAUGGCGUUCUUCUACGGGGGAUUGGGUCAGUUUGUAGCGGGGAUGUGGCAGUUCAAGCGCAACUGCACCUUCACCGCGACUGCCUUCUCCACCUAUGGUUGCUUCUGGAUGGCCAACGGUCUCUUCCACAUCCUUCUGCUGCUCGGACUGCUUCCCCCCGCGUUCGAGGCGAGCGAGUCGCUGGCAUGGUUCCUGACGUCGUUCCUCAUCUUCAACACGUACAUGUGCGCCGCGUCGCUGCUCAUGCCGCUCGUCGAGGUGGUGGUGUUCCUGCUGCUCGAGCUCACGCUCUUCACGCUCAUGGUCGGCCACUUCAAGGGCCAGAAGGCCGGCGCGUCCGGCUCCUGGACCAUGGCGGGCGGGUACAUCGGCGUCAUCACCGCCGUUGCUGCCUUUUACUACUCCAUGGCUUGCUGUAUCAACACUAUGUUGAAGCGCCCCACUGUGUUUGUGGGGAAGCCACUUAUAUCGAGCCAUGAUAAGGAGGAGGCUUUGUAG